GAGGAGGCGGGCUGGGAAGCCGCUGCUGUCCUGUGGGUGGGGCGCUGUCAGGAGGCGGGGAGCGUCGUGGUGGCUCCUGAAGCGACGGCGAUGAGGCGGGAUGUGCGCAUCCUCCUGCUGGGGGAGGCCCAGGUGGGGAAGACCUCCUUGAUCAUGGCCCUGGUAGGCGAGGAGUUCCCUGAAGAGGUGCCGUCUCGUGCGGAAGAGAUCACAAUUCCGGCGGAUGUCACGCCUGAGAAAGUCCCCACCCACAUUGUGGACUACUCAGAAUCGGAGCAGACGGACGAGGAGCUCCAAGAGGAGAUUGCCAAGGCGAAUGUGGUCUGCAUGGUGUACGAUGUCACGGAGGAAUCCACCAUUGACAAGAUUCGAACAAAAUGGAUCCCAAUGGUGAAUGGUGGAGCUGAAAAAUGUUCCAGGAUCCCCAUCAUCCUUGUAGGAAACAAGUCCGACUUGCAGACUGGGAGCUCCAUGGAAACCAUCUUGCCCAUCAUGAACCAGUUCUCGGAAAUUGAGACCUGCGUGGAGUGUUCUGCAAAGAACCUGAAGAACAUCUCUGAGCUGUUCUAUUACGCCCAGAAGGCUGUUCUGCACCCAACAGCCCCUCUCUACGACCCAGAGGAGAAGCAGCUGAGGCCAGCAUGCGCACGGGCCCUCACUCGGAUCUUCAAUAUGUCUGACCAGGAUAACAACCAGAUCCUAAGCGAUGAGGAGCUGAACUAUUUCCAGAAGUCCUGCUUCGGAAAUCCUUUGGCACCCCAGGCUCUGGAAGAUGUGAAAAUGGUGGUCUGGAAAAACACAACAGACGGAGUCCAGGACAACGGACUGACCCUCAAUGGCUUCCUUUUCCUCAAUACGCUCUUCAUCCAAAGGGGGCGUCAUGAGACCACGUGGACCAUCCUGCGUCGCUUUGGCUAUGAUGAUGCCCUGGAGCUGACAGACGACUAUCUCUGCCCGCCAAUCCGGGUGCCUCAUGACAGCUCCACGGAGCUGAACCACUUUGGUUACCAGUUCCUGCAGAAGAUGUUUGAGAAGCAUGACAAGGACGGUGAUGGAGCCCUCUCUCCCGCCGAGCUGCAGAGCUUCUUUAGUGUAUUCCCCUACAUGCCCUGGGGGCCUGAGCUCUACCACACGGUAUGCACCACUGAUAAAGGCCUGCUUUCCCUGCAUGGAUUCCUCUGCCAGUGGACGCUGGUUGCCUACAUGGAUGUCCAUCGCUGCCUGGAGCACCUGGCUUACCUUGGCUACCCCAUCUUCUCUGAGCAGGACUCUCAGAUCCACGCCAUCACAGUUACACGGGAAAAAAAGAUUGACUUGGAGAAGGGCCAGACACAUCGGAAUGUUUUCCUGUGCAAAGUGAUUGGAUCCCGAGGUGCUGGCAAGUCUGCAUUCCUGCAAGCCUUCCUUGGGAAAAACUUGGCCGCCCAAAGGGAAUCCGAGGGGAAGGAGUCCUUCUAUUCAAUUAACACAGUGCAUGUCAAUGGGCAGGAAAAGCAUCUGAUACUGCAUGAGAUUAAUGUGGAGACGGAGUUUGCGAAGGCGUCUGAUGCAGCUUGCGACGUUGCUUGCUUAUUGUACGACGUGACAGACCACAAGUCUUUCAACUAUUGUGCCAGCAUUUAUAAGCAGCACUACAUGGACGGGCAGAUCCCUUGCCUCUUCGUGGCCUCCAAGGCAGACCUGCCAGAGACGUCGCCACAGCAUGGCCUCUCGCCGGCCGAGUUCUGCUACAAGCAUCGCCUGCCGCCCCCAUUUUACUUCACCUGCAGUGGGCAGGGCCCACCCAGCCUCGCCGCCUUCGCCAAACUGGCCACGGCUGCCACCUUCCCGCACUUGAACGACAUCAACCUGGGCGCCGCCUCCUUCUGGAUCCGGGUAGCUUUGGGAGCUACGGUCGCCGCCGUUGUGGGAGUCACACUCUACAAGGUGAUGGCGAAGAAUAAGUGAAAUAAGAGGAGAAGCGGAGCCUUCUCCUUCUUCUGCUCCUCCUCCUCCUCCUCCUCUGACAUUUCUCCACUCGAAGGUAGAACACCAGCUUCAUUUGCACACCCAGGAAGAAAUGGAGGCCAGGGGAAGAAGACAGCACACACACACACACACACACCCCGCCGAAGACUGGAUUCCCCCUCCUCCUCCCUGACUCUCCCUGCGGGGCAAGGUGGUGUCGGAGGAAGAGGACCAUUGCACCAGCAAAAGCAGAAAUAGUCCUAGAGUCAUCCAGCUGGCAUGGGCAGGACUCACCUUCUCAUUCCACCCAUUUCCUCCCAUCCCCAAAAAGUACAUUUCCCACACUCAGGGAGUGCUGACGCUGUCCCCCGCUCCCCGCUUUCCUUCCAGCUAUAGCUUUAGGAAAUCCACUCUGCUGCUUGACAUAUCUCAAGGCUCCCCUUAACUUUUUACCGCAUCUGAUUGUCUUGCAGCUAAAUGGCUUUUAAAAAAACAAAACGUUCCUUUGGGUGGGGGGAAGCUCAAGGCAGCACCUCAGGAAAGCUGUCUGCGCCGUUGCGUCCCUGGUUCCUCUCCAGCAGCAGGAGGACUGUCCGGCCAACCUCUUCUUCAGCGUCUUGUUUCUGCAGCAAUGGCUUUUCGGUACGCUAUUUCCAUCCCAGGAGAGCUCAAGGGCUUCUGGGACAUUUAAUUCUUCUUGGAGCACCAUUUGCAUCAGGGAGCUUCACACACAGGCCUCUGUUGGGACGUAACUGACAAGAAGCAGGCAGCAAAAGAAGGCCACCAAGGCUGCAGGUGGUAGCUUAAAAGAUGGAGUCUUAAGUCUGAUCCCUGGCAUGCUGCUCUCAGGCACUCAUGUUAUCCUCUCUCAUCUUUGCGCCGUGUCCUGCAUUUUGAGUGGUUAUACUGGGUCUCUUGCUAUGGGCAACCUGGAAGUCCACCUCUCCCCAGGGCCCCGGUUGUCCAGGGUAGGCCAAGGUAACUCCUCUGGGCCACACUGUGAGGAAGAUACUCCUCCCCCCAAAAGCCUACUGAGGGACCCAAAGGCGGUUUAGGAAGCCCCCUUACUCUCUGCCUCUGUGUGUCUGGUUGACUGUCCUCCUCAGUAGUCCCAAUUUCUGUUUUAGACCCCAAGAGAUUAGGAAGGAAGAGGUAGCUGUGGCAGUGGUGUUGGAGGAUGGGGAAAUGGCAGUACCUCCCAGAGUGUGUUUGGGUCAAUAGCAGGGCACACAUCAUUUAACAGGCCAAGCUUUCCCCACCAUUCCUCACCCCAUCAGGAAGAGUGUCACCAGGGCAGUUUUUGUGUGUCACACUGCUUUGUUUUGAAGGUGCCAGGACAGAUAAAGAGGUCUCUCUUUCCAGUAGGGUUUGCUCUUGCAGUGGCAGGGCUCCCUCUCUCAAGCCCUACUUUUUAAAACUUACCCUUUGUUUUAAAAUAGUUGUGUAAAUAUGUACAUGGUAAACGGAGCAUAUUUCUACGUCCCUA